AUGACAAGCACACUGUGCUCAACGAUCCUAGAUGAGGCGAUUGCAUAUGUUCAAGGGUUACUAGACUCAAUUCCAUUCAGUUCAGAUCGAACGACGCAUUUUCUCAAUGUAUAUAAAAUUUACCAUCAAGAUCUCAUCAAGUUGAAUGAUGAACCAUACAAAUUCCCCAUCGAAGCGAGCAAACUAUUGAAAUUGAACAUUUCGUUAGGUAAUCUACUCAAAGCGUUACAAACAGAUGAAGAGAUCUAUAAACAACAAAACUUACAACAGAAACGAUAUUUGAAUAAGUUAAAUAGUAUUCAGGAACGAAGGACCGCAACACCGACGGGGGUAAAAGAGGAUGGCUUGAGACAACCAGUGUCAGACCAAUCGGUAAAACAUGCGAUAAGUUCAGGCCAGGUUUCACAAUCACUACAGCCACCGUACCAAGUACGUUUUGUAAAGAAUAUGGUGACCAUUUUGAAGAAUUUUGAUAUCGAUGUGCCAGUGAAACAAGAACCAUCGUACCAUCGCAAUAGUACAACGUCAUCAUUCGGAUCUGCUCCACAUACUCCAAAGCGCAUGAUAUCCAAUGGUAGCAGUAGCGGGCCCUAUGCUACAAACACUUCACCCAUAAAAUUAAACUCGAAGCAAUUGCUUAUCGAAAAAUUGGAGAUUAAUAUCAAAUUGGAUAACUUGUUUAUCUACAAAAUCACAUUUAAGUUAAUCUUAGAGAUCUAUAAUCGGUUGCAGCAGAGCCUACAAAGUGACGGCAGUUUAACUUCAUCCCCAUCUAAGGUUAAAAACGAUGAUGAAUCGUCAAUCUUCUCCGGCAUUUCAGCAAAUUCACAGGAUUCCAACAUGGGUAAUGAAGAGUAUUUGAAAUACGUUAACAAUUUACUACGUCGUAUUAGCUAUGGAAUAACCCAGCCGUUUGUUGCAUUAGUGUUUCGAGAACAUGUUGAACAACAACUCACUGAUGAUUUUUCUCAAUUGAUAAAUACCCUAUAG